CUUCGGCUGCCGGGAGGCUGGGGCUCACCGAGGCUGUGGGGACAGGUCCCUGCGUUCUGUGACAGCCCUGCUCGCCUUGCCUGGCGGCGAUCGGCCGCGGCUGCAGCGGGGCCUCGGGGCUCGCGGCCUGGCUGUUUCAUGACGCUUCACCAUGAGCCCCACACAGUGGGACUUCCCUGUAGAACUGUGUUGCCGGCCUAUGGCUUUUGUGACUCUGACGGGCUUGGAUGUCGUGUAUAAUGCUGUGCAUCGGGCUGUCUGGGAUGCCUUCUGUGCCAAUCGGAGAGCAGACCGAGUGCCGAUUUCUUUCAAGGUGCUCCCAGGUGACCAUGAGUAUCCCAAGUGUAGACCUAAGAGAACUUCGUAUGAGUGGUACAUUCCUAAAGGGAUCUUGAAGACCGGCUGGAUGAAUAAGCAUCUGAAUCUAGUGCCUGCCCUGGUGGUUGUGUUCUAUGAACUGGACUGGGAUGAACCACAGUGGAAGGAGAAGCAGUCGGAGUGUGCGACCAGAGUGGAAAUCGUCAGGCAAAGUUUACAAGGAAGAAACACAAAAGUUGCAGUGGUUCUGAUUCAGAAGAAAACUCCUUUGCCCCCAGGAGAAGAUGUCGUUGCUUCCGAACGGGCUGCGGCUUUGUGCAAUGCCUGUGAACUCUCAGGGAAGUCUCUGUUUGUCCUCCCCCACACUGACCACCUGGUGGGUUAUAUUAUAAGGUUAGAAAAUGCCUUUUAUGAACAUGCACAGACUUACUACUACACUGAAAUCAGAAGAGUGAAAUCUCAUAAAGAAUUUCUGAAUAAAACAACACACCAGCUUUUAUUUGUUAGACAUCAGUUCAAAAUAGCUUUCUUCAGUGAAUUGAAGCAAGACACACAAAAUGCUCUGAAGAAUUACAGAACCGCUUAUAAUCUUGUGCAUGAAUUGAGAGCCCAUGAAACAAAUAUUCUGGAAAUCAAGACUAUGGCGGGAUUUAUAAACUACAAGAUCUGCAGGCUGUGUUUUCAACAUAACACCCCGUUGGAUGCAAUCGCACAGUUCCGAAAGCACAUUGACCUGUGUAAGAAAAAGAUAGGAAGUGCGGAGUUGGCUUUUGAGCAUGCUGCGUGGAUGUCUAAACAAUUCCAAGCAUUUGGAGACUUAUUUGAUGAAGCUAUUAAGUUAGGGCUAACGGCAAUUCAAACUCAGAAUCCUGGUUUCUAUUACCAGCAGGCAGCAUACUAUGCCCAAGAACGGAAAGAGCUAGCGAAAACUCUCUGUAACCAUGACGCUUCUGUAAUGUAUCCCAACCCUGAUCCCUUAGAAACACAAACAGGUGUUCUUGACUUUUAUGGACAGAGACCAUGGCGACAAGGAAUACUAAGUUUGGAUCUUUCUGAUCCUGAAAAGGAGAAGGUUGGUGUUCUUGCCAUUCAGCUGAAGGAGAGAAGCGUUGUUCACUCCGAACUCAUAAUAAGUCUUCUGAGCAAUGCCGUUGCACAAUUCAAGAAGUACAAGUGCCCCAGGAUGAAGAGUCAUCUAAUGGUUCAGAUGGGAGAAGAAUAUUACUAUGCGAAGGAUUACACAAAAGCUUUGAAGUUGCUGGAUUAUGUGAUGUGUGACUAUCGGAGUGAAGGGUGGUGGACUCUCCUCACGUCUAUACUGACCACAGCUCUGAAGUGCUCCUACCUCAUGGCCCAGCUCAAGGACUACAUCGCCUACUCCCUGGAGCUCCUGGGAAGAGCUUCAACUCUGAAGGACGACCAGAAAUCCAGGAUAGAAAAGAACCUCAUAAAUGUUUUAAUGAAUGAAAGUCCUGAUCCUGAGCCCGACUGUGAUAUUUUGGCAGUGACAACUGCCCAGAAGCUGUGGGCGGACCGAGUGUCUCUGGCUGGCAGCAAUGUGUUCACCAUAGGAGUGCAGGACUUUGUGCCAUUUGUGCAGUGCAAAGCCAAGUUUCAUGCUCCAAGUUUUCAUGUUGACGUACCUGUUCAGUUCGAUAUUUAUCUGAAGGCCGACUGUCCACACCCCAUUAGGUUCUCUAAGCUCUGUGUCAGCUUUAAUAACCAGGAAUACAACCAGUUCUGUGUGAUAGAAGAAGCAUCUAAAGCAAGCGAAGUUUUGGAAAAUCUGAAUCAAGGAAAAAUGUGCUUGGUGCCUGGAAAAACAAGAAAAUUGUUAUUUAAGUUUGUUGCAAAAACUGAAGAUGUAGGCAAGAAAAUUGAGAUCACGUCGGUGGAUCUGGUCCUGGGCAAUGAGACGGGCCGCUGCGUGGUUCUAAACUGGCAGGGAGGAGGCGGAGAUGCCGCCUCCACUCAAGAAGCCUUGCAGGCUGCGCGGUCCUUCAAGCGGCAGCCCAAGCUCCCGGGGCGCGAGGUGCCCUGGGACAGCAUCGUCAUUCAGACCAGCACCAUGAUCAUUUCCAGAGUUCCAAACAUUUCUGUGCAUCUGAAACACGAACCUCCCGCCCUGGCUAACGAGAUGUACUGUUUGGUUGUGACUGUUCAGUCCCAUGAGAAGACCCACAUCAGAGACGUGAAGCUCACUGCUGGGCUAAAGCCAGGACAGGAUGCCAACUUAACUCAGAAAACCCACGUGACCCUUCACGGGACAGAACUGUGCGAUGAGUCCUACCCAGCUUUGCUCACGGACAUUGCGGUCGGAGACCUCCAUCCCGGCGAGCAGCUGGAAAAGACAUUAUAUGUUCGCUGUGGAACAGUAGGUUCAAGAAUGUUUCUUGUCUACGUUUCUUACCUAAUCAAUACAACAGUUGAAGAAAAAGAGAUUGUUUGCAAGUGUCACAAGGAUGAAACAGUAACAAUAGAAACUGUCUUGCCAUUUGAGGUGGCGAUGAAAUUUGUUUCUACAAAGUUUCAGUCCCUGGACAGGGUCUAUGCCGACAUCCCCUUUCUGUUGAUGACGGAUCUCCUGAGCACCUCGCCCUGGGCCCUCACGAUCGUGUCCAGUGAGCUGCAGCUCGCUCCUUCCAUGACCGCCGUGGACCAGCUGGAGUCCCAGGUGGACAGAGUUGUCUUACAGACUGGAGAGAGUGCUAGUGAAUGCUUUUGUCUUCGAUGCCCAUCUGUUGGACCUGUUGAAGGUGGAGUAGCAACUGGACAUUAUAUUAUCUCCUGGAAGAGGACUUCGGCCGCGGAAGGCAUUCCUGCCAUCAGCACGGUCAUCACUCUGCCGCACGUGAUCGUCGAGAACAUCCCGCUGCACGUGAACGCAGAUCUGCCAUCUUUUGGGCGUGUCAGAGAAUCAUUACCUGUCAGAUAUCACCUGCAGAAUAAGACCAACCUGGUUCAAGAUGUGGAAGUUUCUGUGGAGCCCAGUGAUGCCUUCAUGUUCUCAGGCCUCAAACAGAUUCGGUUGCGGAUCCUGCCUGGCACUGAACAGGAAAUGUUGUAUAAUUUCUAUCCUCUGAUGGCCGGGUACCAGCAGCUGCCAUCUCUAAACAUCAACCUACUUCGAUUUCCGAACUUCACAAAUCAGCUGCUGAGACGUUUUAUACCCACCAGUAUUUUUGUAAAGCCGCAGGGCCGCCUAGUGGAUGAUGCUUCCAUCGCUGCGGCGUGAUGUUCCUGACGGACCCUGGGCUGCCCCGCAGGGAAGCCGGGCAGGCGGCUGUGGCAGUCUCAUGUGAACUGUAGCUUUGAUCAUGGUGAAAUUACCCUUUUCUAUUUUUUAAUGAAUAUUACAGAAACUCGAGGAUUCCAUGCUUACACUGUUAGGAAAAUCUCUCCUCUCUUACAGUUCCACUAAUAAAUAUUUGAAAUCUGUCCGUGUGACAUGAAAGUGUGAUUGUCAAACAUUGAUCUCUGAAUUGUAGAGUCUUUGAAAGUGACAGACUUCCAUGUGGCAUGGCAGAGGAAAAUGAAGCCUCUCAAAUGUCAGCGGACAAAGAAAGGAAAAAUGCACACAGUCUGCCCCAGGGAAGUUGGGAAUCUACGAGUCUCCGGGAGGGGCAGGUUCAGAUUUCUGGAAGGAUCUGAACUGUGCGCAUAAUUUCUGACAAACUGGUAGUUUUCAGAAAGAUACCAGGUCUAAUACAAGAGCCUUUAGUCCUGUUUCAAAAGAACUAUUUGCAACUCUUAAAAAUUCAUGUGAAUAAAACCCAGAGGGUGAAAUUUGUCUUUGUAAAAAUACCGGAAUAAUUUAAAACUGCCUGAUAUCCUAGAAAAAUUCUGCUAUUUAAAAAGCGGCAACAUUGUAAAAAGGAAAUGCUGCUGUAAAUAAAUCACACUCAGUCUCAACCGUG